AUGCCGGUUUUUGCGGAGCGUUCGGUGCUCGCCGCCAGGUCGACAUCGCCGCUCUCUGCCGGUGCCAUUGCGGGGGCAGUGGUAGGAUCAGUGGUGGGAGUCCUCAUUAUCCUGCUCUGCGUCUUUCCCUUUGCCAGACGGCGAUGGAUCAACCGUCAUGAUGAAAACACCCUGGCAGAGAUGGGGCAGAGCCCCGGAGGCCCCAACUUCACCCAUCCUGAUGACGAUUCUACAAAAAAGUAUUCAAAGGAUCAUCUAGUUCCUGGCUCCGAUAGUCAAGCUGGCACCGCUCACGAACAACCCGCCCACGGCAUACCAGAUAUCAACGGCCAGAAUACAUCACCAACAAAGACCAGCUUGGAUCAGCUUCCCUCUCAGCCAGCCCUCCCGCAAGGCGUUUCUCUUGACCAAGGUCUCCCGUCGUCCAUCUCGCCAUCUGCUUCGCCGUCACCCCGGUCCGAGUCCUUCCCCGGCCAGGCCCAAACUGGAGGCCAGGCAGUAUCUUCACCGGCAGCCGGUCCGAUCCGGUCACCAACGAGUGCCUCGUCAAAGUCACGUUCCGCUUCAAAAGGCACCACCGGCAAGGACAGCACACGCCAGUUGAACUUUGACUCUUCGUUCGCUUCGCCAAGUCGUCAGGGCACUUUUAGCAACAUCGUCGAGGAGCCCGAGUCUUUUGAGCCCCCUUCGCAACGCUCCACUUUCCGAGAGAAACUCACUAGUAUCUUCCGGACUUCAUCUGGCGAGGCACGUCGGGACAGCAAGCGAUCUACCGGCACCCGCUCGUCUUCUGUUCUCACAGGCGAUAUUCUUGCCUACCAGGAGCCGAUACCAGGACAACCCAUCGGCCAACCUAUUAUCGAGGAGCACCAUCCCGACCCCAGUGGUCUCAACUGGGGCUAUUAUAACGACCCGACUCUCCCACCAGGAACCUUUACUACCAUCCCCAACCCCGCAGACUUGACCUUUGUGCCGCCAGCGACUUACGCUUCAGCCUCGGUCUUGCCUAGCCCAGUGUCGCCAAGUCAACAUCCAUUCCCUGGCCUUGGACUCGACAUCACUUCACCUGACGGUGACCAGACUGUCACGCCUAUCAACCCACUGCAUAGUUUCAGCCAGCGGAAUAAAGUUCCAGGGCCACUCCAGCGUGUCGAUAGUCUGCCUCCACCCACCAUCGUGUCGGAUAUCCCGAGUCCCCCAUUCAGCUAUACUGCCGGCCCCAGCGGCAACCCUAUGGACUUUAUGAACCCCACGAAUCAGGUCGAGAGCGCUUGGAUGGUCGAACAGGAGAUUCUCAAAGCCGAGAACUCGCCAUCACCCCCAGCCCCUUCACCGCCAACUGACACCUUCCCACCAACAAUGGCCCAGGAGCCUCAGCUGCAGUAUAUCGACCAGAACCACCAGGUCCAGUACAUCAACGGAGCUGGCCUGUCACCAGAACCAGAGUAUAACUUUGGCCAGCAAAGCCUUGGCCAGCAAAGUCUUGGCCAGCAGAACCUUGGCCAGCAAAAUAUUGGCCAACAGAACCUCAACCUGAACCAGCAAAGCUUUGGUGAACAAAGCUAUCAGUCCCCACCAUAUCAGCCUUCAUACCAGCAGACGCCAGAGAUGGGAUUGGUGCAAGAUUUUGGCGUUCCAUUAGGUUACUACGACGGUAACGGCACCGUGAUUCAAGAUUACUCUACGCCACCACCGUCAGGUCCAUCACUUCCCUCGACCGUCCAAAACACCCCUGACACACGCCUCACUGCGUACACGGCAUCCCCAUCACCGCCAUCCGAACUCGACCCCCACAAUGGAAUGUACCUCAGCGUCUCUCCCAUCCCAUCACCAGGCCAGUCCCCACAUCCAUCAUCGACCCUUUCUCCAGGGCUCUCGGCCCCGUCACCAGCCACCCCGGCGGGGUUAUCACCCGGGGGACAAGAGAAGGCCUUUGCCUGCAACAAGUGUGAUCGCAUCUUUGAUCAGAUCCACAAGCUCAAUCACCACAAACGCUACCACGACCGACCGCAUGAGUGCCCACACGCAGGCUGCACCAUGAGAUUCGGCACCAAGACCCAUCUAGACAGGCACAUCAACGACAAGCACUUCAAAACCCGCAAGUUUUACUGCACGGUCCACGACUGCCCUUACUCGAAGCAAGGGGGCAAGUCAUUCCCACGCAAGGACAACUGGAGGAGACAUAUGGUCAACAAGCACCAGCUUACACCAACAACGGAUCCCGAGCCGGAGUUUAUCGAUGAGAUGAUGGUUGGUGUAUAA